GCUAUCGUUCUGCGCGCGGUCACAUUCACUGAAUGUGUUUUUCAUUGCGCUGGUUGUUGUUGUGGCGCGAUCGAAUUUGUUUGGAAUUCGGAAGUCAGCAUAAUAUUUUCGAAAGUCUUUUUGGAUACAACCAGCAAAACCGAAAACAGUCGCGGAUUUUCAACAAAGAGCAAGCAUAGAGAAGGAAUAGAGGAGGGCAAGGACGAAAGCAAAGAGAGCUAAACCCCAAACCGUUACUCUGCCCAUGCGCACAGCUGACCUAGAACCUGGCCUAACGGUAAACCGAUUGUGUCUGGACAACAAGCGGAAAUUGACAGCGAACCGGAACCGGAAGUCGCCUAGAAUAGCGGAGCGGAAAGGAAACCAGCCCGCCAUCUGCGGGAGCCGAAAAUCGAAAUCACAGCCCACAAAGGCGAUUCGCAAAGUGUUAUCUUGCUGCUACGCUCACACAAAAUGUUCCAAGUCCUGCCCCGUCCGUCAAGGUCCACGCUCCACUGCGGAGCGGCAGCCGUGGUCACAGUCAUCCUAAUGGCAUGGGUCCGACCGCUGGGCGUGCUGUUCCUGGGACUACUUGGCUACUGGAUCUACUGGACACGCUGCAGCUUCCGCGUUGUGCCCACGGACGAGCUGCGCGGCAAGAUCAACACCUGGCUGCAGAGGAUCGACGACUGGCGCCACAGCAGUCCCAGCAUGUUCUGCUUGGCCAGCAGCGGUUGUCUGGGCACCCUCGCAGUGCUCGGACAUCUUAUCUCCGGCUCCACGCUGGUCCUGACCAUCCUGGUCGUCUCCGCCCUCGUCUCCACCAAGUACAACUUCAAGCUGCUGAAGAUCGAGCACAGGGACUUCCAGUGGUCGGAGAAGCUGAACUACAACAACUUGGAAGCCGAGGCAGAGGAUGAGUUUCUGCCGGACGUGAACGAGUCGAAUCUGUUCGUGCUGGAGCGGGCCAGCGAUGUGGCCACCAUCAGUUCGCCCACCGAAGCCAAUGACGAGGAUGAUGACGAGCGCAGCGACGACAUACCGUCGGAGCUCCUUAUCCCGGAUGUGAUACCCGAGAUUGAUGAGCACUCCACCGACGAGGACGAUGAACUAGCCCCUCUGGCGGCGAAGAGGCAGGAGAAACCGCAGCAGCAGCAGCAGCAUCAGCAACUGGCCAAGGAGACCGAGGAUAUGAACUUCCGAAAAGGCCACUUCAAGCGCGACUCAUCGUUGUCCACCACCUCCUCCUCGUCGGAGGAAAGCCUGUCCAAGGGGCUGCAGUUCCCCGAUCACACCACCGUAGAUGCCAGUGGCAACCCUCAGUUGCGCCAGAUAACCGCUGGACCGGAUGCCGCCGGCGAGCUUGUGGCCCUGGCCGUGAAAACCCAGGCUCAGGCGUUGCUGGCCAACAGCGGGAAGCUGCUGCCCAGCCUUGUCUCCGGCCUGGUGCAAUGGGGAGCAGGUGGUGCUGCCGCAGCCGGUCCCGUCGGCGAUGAAACAGAUGCAAGUCGAGAUCGCGACCAGCAGCGCAUUGUCACCGCCUUGGAUUCGUCGGACGAGAGCGAUUUUGAGAUACUCGAAUCGGAUGACUUCAAGUAAAGAUUGGAUCAAUGCCAAAUCGGCGAUCGGUCCGAUUUGUCGUAUUAUAAAGCUAUUAUCUUAACAUACAUAUGCAUACACACAUAGAACUCAACAAAUCGACAGACAAACGGACAAACAGACAAACGGACAAGAAAACAGACGACGCCAACGAUUGGAGCGGUUCUAUUUUCCCUGGUGGAGAUCAGUUAUAUAUUUUGCUAUACACUAGUGCUAUAUAUACAUAUAUACUAAACUAAUCAUCCAAAACUAUCCUAAAGUUAAGCCAAAAGUUUCCCUAUUUUUCAUUUCCUUUAUCUUGCUUUGUACAUUUUUGUUUAUUACUAUUUUACUUUAUGACUUUAGUUUGUAUUUGUAUUUGUCCUUUGUGUUUAUCUACUGACCACAAGCAGAAGCAACAACGAGCGACGGCACGCAACUUGUACAUAUAUACUACAGAUACACUUACCUAUAUGUAUGGUUUAUAUUGAUGUCGCUGUGAGGGCGCUAAGUUACUUAAUCUGAAUCCAAAUCAAAAGCCUGAAACAGCAAUGAGAAAACCAAAAAAAAGUGGCAAAUAAGAAACGCAAGCAAAAACAUUAAGACAUUUUGGUUCGGUGCUAUCUUAAAACGCAUUCGCCAUAUAACGUAACGUGCACAAAUCACUUCAGCAAUAUACAGAAUCAGAAGACGUUAUCCCCGUUUUGGCGACUUGGCGCUGGCCAUCAUUGUGCGUUGUAAAACAUAAAUUAAACAUUAAAUCCAGUAACACACUUUUUUUGUAUUCUUAAUAUUAUUUGCGCUAUGUAUUUUAAGUUAUGAUUUAAUUUGCGAAACAAAACUAAAUGUGAUUUUGUAAAAACAAAAGAAACUGAAAUAAAAAUCAAAAAGACCUCGAAA